AUCUCCACCUCUGCAGUUGUGCGGUGCGUUGUGCUCUCCACGUGUGCUAGCGAGUUUGCCUUGAUCUUUCCUCCGUGCUGUGCUUGAUAGUGGUAGGUGGGUGGGGCGCGCCUCUCCCCUCUUUUCAUCCUGUCGUUGCUGUUCCCCGAAACUCGGGCACCCUCCCUCUAUUGCAUCAGCUUUAUUCGAUGCACUUGGUGCAACUUGGCUCGUUCGUGUAUGCGUGCGUGUGCGUGCACCACGACCUUUUCUAGAAUACCCGUGUGGACAGCAGCAGCAGCAGCACGCGCCUGUGUGUGUUACUCGUUUUCUUUGUUUUCUCUUGCACCUGGUUAAAGUAUCCCGGAGAAGGGUUCUAGAGAUAUCAGCUAGAAUAGAACGCAUUUAGGGCCGAUUAUUUGGAGAACCGUUGGAGAUAGACAACCUGUGACGAAGAUUUUUCAUUUUCUCUCCACUUACAAUUUGACAUUUGGCCCCAUUGUGUCACCUGGUGUUUCGUUUGGCUAGAAGAUCGUGCAGGACAAGUCGAGUACAAGUGGGUGCAUCGAAGUAGACGAAAAAGUAGGGAUUUUCAAAGUGUUCCACACUACGGUGCAAUCUGCAGUAGGCAUCGAAUGAGAACAGUCGUCGGCAGCAGAGCAGCGCGGUGAAGUAGCUAGUGCGAUUAGGAAGAGUUCGUUUUAUUUUUGAGUAAUUUGUGAAGCGACCCCGGGCAUCGUGAAAAAAUCAUGGCCGAUAGUUUGGUGGAAAGUCCUGCGGCCAGUUCGGCCCAUCUGAUGAACAUGAAUGUGAUGAACACGUUGGCAGGGGAGGCGGGCAGCAGCUCAUCGUCUUCGUCGUCCUCUUCCUCCUCUUCCUCCUCCUCUUCCGGUUCCGUCGGAUUGGUGGCCACGUCUUCAUCUUCCGGCUCCGGAUCAGCUGCUAGUAGCAGCAGCAGCAACAACAAUAAUAAUAGCUCCGCAAACCCAAUUGAUGGAGCCGGUGCUGCUGGUGGGGGUCCACCGACAGUUCUAAUUUCGGUUAGUGCCCCCAGCACGAACCAGGCGGCUGCCGCAAGUGUUGUGUCCGACGUGUUUCUGAAUCAGUUUAUGGUGCAUCGGGCCAACAUGACGAGCAUUCACAAUAGCAGCCAGCAGCAGCAGCAGCAGCAACCGUCGUCGUCCACCGCGACCUCGCCCGUAUCCGUAUCGUCUUCGGGAGGUCAGCCUUCAUCGACCUCAAGCGCAGCCAUCCCACCGUCCACCACCGCAUCCUCGUCGUCAUCAUCCCCAUCCUCUUCCUCCACCUCCACCACUUCCUCGACGGCUGCGGCUUCCUCCUCCUCCUCCUCUACUUCCUCGUCCUCGGUUUCUUCGGUUCAACAGCAACCGCUGGAGCUACUGCACCGUGAGCUACCACCGAAACCGAACCGCCCCAUCGGUACCGUUGGGGACGACGAGCGACGGUCUGGGGUGGACGGCGGAGAGGAUGACGAUUGUGAUGAACCGGAAGCGAAGCGCAGGAAGAAGCUUGGCGACAAACCGACGGCAAAAGUCGAAAAGCUGGAACAGCGCCUCGGUGGCAUAUUGUGCUGUGCCGUCUGUCUGGAUCUGCCGAGGACAGCCAUGUACCAGUGCUCCAUGGGUCAUCUCAUGUGUGCCGGAUGCUUCACACAUCUUCUGGCUGAUGGCAGACUUCGCGAUCAGAACGCCACAUGUCCAAACUGUCGUACCGAGAUCAGCAAAAACAAUUCGUCGCGUAAUUUGGCGGUAGAGAAGGCAGUUUCGGAACUACCAGCCGAGUGUCAGUACUGUGGUAAUGAGUUUCCGAACCGUUCGAUCGACUAUCAUGAGUCGCAUGAAUGUGAAGAUCGUCCCACCGAUUGUCGUUUUGCACGCAUCGGCUGCCAGUGGCGCGGCCCAAUACACGAGGUGUCUACGCACGAGGCGAACUGUGCGCAUCCCAAGAAGUCGGGUGCUGAGGUGAUGGUGGCACUGCAGGCCCACGAUGCAAAGGCGGCUGAAGAUAAGCAGCUCUUUCUGACGCUGAUCGAUUUGUUGAGCUACGAGAAGAUCAUUUUCAACGAUUUGCAGCUGAAACCCUAUCGGACGGACGAGUAUGUGCAUCGUUUGUACUACGAGACCAGCCGGUUCUCCGCCUUCAACCACCAGUGGGUGGUAAAGGCGAUCAUUAAUAAGAGCCAGCGUGAUCCGCACGAAUCGUGUGAGCGGGACAUUACUUAUCAGCUGAUUCUCAAAUCGAAAACAUCGACCCCACUACCGAUGCACUUUUUCGUACUGCGAGGUCCAUUCUCGGACAUCAAGGCCAGUACGCAGAUCUACAAACAUGAUUUCGCCGACACUGAAACGGAAAGCCCAUUCCGACUUCUUCCGCUGCCUGAUACCGCCGAAUGCAACAGACUAUUGGCGGCGAAAGCGAUCAAUUUCAGGUUGAUUAUGUUUUUGGCAUCGAAGUGAGCAAAUCUACAGUAAUAUGCUUCACGCGUGGAACUGCUGUCACAUAGAGAUGGUGGUUGCGCUGCGCUGAUCAUAAAUUAAUAUUUCUUUUUCAUAUAGAUUUAAUUUUAAUAUUCUACACUACAAUGCUUACAAGCUAUCUGGCACUUUUUGAAAACGGAGGCAAACAAAAUGCUGUUGUGCAACAGCUCCAUGAUUUUUUUAAUGGAAAUUGGAAUUUGAAAUAAUGUACUACGCUGGAUGGUUACGUUUGGCUUUGUGACUUUCAUGACUUCAUUCACAAAAUUUAUUCUCGUCACUAAUCGAACAUUUUGCUUCACCUUUUCUCAAUCACCUAGCAGGUAACCGCUUGGACGCCUUCGCAUUGGUUUUGAUUUCAAUGAUUAGAUGGACCAAAAACACAGUAAAAGUAACCGAUGAAUGUAAUGAUCUAAGUUGAUAAGUUUUUCGUUGAUCGGUGGUCCUUAAGGAACAGAUUGGUUGAACAACAACUGAAAGCGCCAUGCAAGUUAAACGGGGUUUAGUGAGACAGGUUCAUUAAAAAGUUGCCAUCCUCACGAAAUACAGUAUAUCAUAAAUCUAUGAGUAAACGCAAUUGCAUGGCAGUACAAUUGCUUAAAAGCUUAAAGUUGCCGCUAACCCUUAAGAGACAUUUGUCGGCACUGGGCAGGAGAUGCUGUAGAAAGCUCUCUCACUCUUUCUCUACGUUAUUUUCAUUUUUACAUUUUCUUUUAUGAACCGAAGAGAAUAUGAAGUUUAUAUCAAAUGUUUUGCAAAUUUACGAUAUAUCUUUCCUCUACUAAGCAUAUAUAAUACAUUACGAUAAAAGCAGUUAGUAGAGAUAGCGAGGGUGUGAAGGAAACGGAUGAAGAAUGUGUGAUACACAAAUAUUGCUACAAUUAAGGCAAGUUCACAGAACAUGUGAACUGCAACAUAAACGUUUGUGCUCGGUUGUGGUUUUUGUGCUUGUUUGAGCACAGAACCUAACAUCGCGGUACAUACGCUGGUUCACUAUAAGAAUUAUUUGCUACGAGAAGAAAGUUGAAUUUGUCUUUUUUUACUUCACGUUCAUAUGAUUACAGAUUGCUUUGAAUGUAAAGCCUGCAUCAUAAUCCACCGAGCGGCGGAUCUUGGCAAUGAAAAAGAGAUAGUGAUUAUUAGCGAGAUAAGUGCGUUUAUGUCGAUAAGCAACAUAUUUUUUUGAAUUUAAGUUAUCAUUUCGUUUCCCAUUUACCCCCGAGAGAUUAUCUUUCAUUAAAAGACAAUUUGGAUUGGAUGGAUAUUGGUUCGGAGUGGGAAAAGAAGAAGUGAGACAAAAAAUGUUUUAGCGGUUUUGGAAUGCUACCAAAUAGGUGAUAAGAUGUGCCCAAAUGCUUUUUGAUAUGCGUAUGUUCUAUUCUUCUCAGCUCAUUUUGUUUCUACGUUCAACAUUUCUGUGUAACAUAGCUAAAUAAUAUUCCCACUUACAAUGAUCUUAUACAACCGAAACACUAGUUUGUAAGAACAAAUAUAUUUUGUUUCUUUGAAUGUUAACAA